ACUCUUCAUGAAAGGAUCAGAGAAAGUAGAAGUUGUGGAAGGAGCGAGAAAAUGGCAGGGCCUUCUUCGCUUACUAUCUUCUUCUUCAGCUUACUGUUCUUCUCUGCAGUAUCUGAAGCUUCCAAAUGCUCACUCAAACGUAACAGGAUUACCUCUAGUAAGAAAUAUCAGUGAGCUUCCACAGAAUAACUAUGGAAGGGCAGGUUUGGCACACACAACUGUUGCUGGUUCACUCUUGCAUGGGUUGAAAGAGGUUGAGGUUUGGCUACAAACAUUUGCUCCAGGAUCAGGCACACCAAUACACAGGCAUUCUUGUGAAGAAGUUUUCGUUGUCCUAAAGGGAAGUGGAACUCUCUACCUUGCACUGAGCUCACACGAGAAGUUCCCUGGAAAGCCCCAAGAGUUCUCUGUCUUUGCAAAUAGCACUUUUCACAUACCUGUUAACAAUGCUCACCGGGUCCGGAAUACAAAUGAACACGAGGAUUUGCAAGUGCUUGUCACCAUAUCCCGUCCGUCAGUUAAAGUGUUCAUAUAUGAGGACUGGUUCAUGCCGCACACUGCAGCAAAGUUAAAGUACCCCUACUAUUGGGACGAAGAAUGCCUCGAAGUUGAAUCACCGCCAAAGGAUGAGCUAUGAUAUCUUACAGCUCGUUUGGAUGUGCUUUUAAAAUGAUUGAAAGCGUUUUUUGUGAAAAUGUCGCAUACAAAAAAGCCCCUAUAUUUUCUCUAAAAACGCUUUCAGUCAUUUUAAAAAUACAUCCAAACAAGCCUUUAAAAACGUCGCAUACAACCGUUGUAAAUCAUCUGGUCUUGUUAUCAUUCGAAAGACACAGAGAUUGUAGAUCUUAAAGUUUUCAGAUACACAUUGUCUGUACUUUGUAGCAGAUUUUCUCAAAUGUUAAUCUCAAUGUACAUUUACAAGCAGUCAUGCAUUUUUGUA